AUGUGACCAGUAUUGGCCGAACCUGAACGACCCAGUCUUCUACGGUGAUCUGAUUGUCUCAAUCCAGUCCGAAUCAAACCUUUCCGACUACACGCUACGCAUUUUUGAAGUUAGAUUUCAAAAAGAAUGCCGGACUGUAAAACACUUUUGGUACUUGAAAUGGCCCGAUAUGGGCUGCCCAGAUGACCCAAAGAUGCUUCUAGACUUUGUGAAGACUGUCCGAGAACACAAAGUAAUGCCUGGAAAUGAUAAUGCUUCUGUUGUUCAUUGCAGUGCUGGCGUUGGGCGGACCGGAACCUACAUUGCUGUUGACCAUCUUCUGCAACACAUUCGUGACCAUGACGACGUAGAUAUCUAUCAACUAGUUCUAGACAUGCGUGAUCACCGGUGCAACAUGGUGCAGACUGAGGACCAGUAUGUAUACAUCCACGAAUGUCUGAAAGCGUUCAUAACAACGGACGAUGAGACUGAGGACGAGGAAGAGGAGGAACAUGUGUACCAGAACACAAAGUUUGGCGGUGACAAUAUCUACGAAAACACGGCAUUUCAACAAGACUAAUGUGAGACAUGGGACAUAACUCUGCAAGCAUGUUUCAUAAACCAAAUAGAUGAAUUUGGGAGUCAUGACAUAUAUAAAGACAAAUAUGAGAUAUUAAUUCGGUGGUCUAUCUUGCCUUCUUGUGUAAGAAUGCUGUAUUAUGAUUAUGAGAGUUAAAAUGUUGCAUUUAUUUAACCCAUUUAUGCCUAGCGUCCUGAAAAAAAAGGACAUUGCAAACAGCGUAGACCCAGAUGAGACGCCACAUGAUGCGGCGUCUCAUCUGGGUCUGCGCUGUUUGCUUACAGGAAUUUCAGUAAGU